GUUUUUAUGGUCAGGGUAGUGACGUGCGUUCGGUACGCUGGUUUGAACGAGGGUACAGCUUAUAAGAUCGAAGAUAUUUGGUGCUCGAACUUCAGUUGAACAAAUUGAAGGAUUAUGGUUCGAAGCUUUACCGUCUGUCUUCUCUGCAAUAUAAGUGAUACCGCUAGACGGAGCAAACGCGUUCAGCCUUCAAGAACACAACAACGUUCUACCUUAUAACGAAAGCUCAAACUUUCUGUACAAAACACAGUUCGUGCAAUUGCAUCUCUACCUCAACUGUCGCAAAAGGUGAAAAAGCUACAGCUUCUCAACUAGUCUACUAAUCGAAGCACCAGCGUCGUGUGAAACCAUGGGCAUCGGAUUCAAGCCACUGGACCAGCCCCCUACGGUCGGGGUGCGGUUCCUGAGCGCAGGGUUUGCCGCCUGUAUAGCUGACAGCAUCACGUUUCCAUUGGACACGGCGAAAGUUCGUCUGCAGAUCCAGGGAGAGGGUAGCGCGGCGGCCGCAACCACCGCCCCUCGCCUGACCACCCUCUGUACCAGCACCAUGGCGGCUCAGUUCGACAUGGCCGCCGGCCCGUUCAACGCCAAACACCGGGGGCUGUCCGGUAUUAUCGUCUGCAUCGUGAAGCAGGAGGGUCCGAAGGGGCUGUACAGCGGCCUGGUGGCCGGACUCCACAGACAGAUGAGCUUCGCCUCCAUCAGAAUCGGACUCUACGACUCCGUCAAGAGCUUCUACCAGAAACAGAUUGGCAGGGAAAAAGACGGUGCCUCCAUGCCGACCAGAAUCCUGGCGGGCAUCACGACGGGCGCGGUGGCGGUGUCCUGCGCACAGCCCACAGAUGUGGUGAAGGUGCGCAUGCAGGCGGAGGGAGCUAACCCGUUCGGCGGGAAGAAGCGGUACAGCGGGGCCCUGAGCGCCUACAGGACCAUCGCUGUGGAGGAAGGCAUCAAAGGCUUGUGGAAAGGUACGGGACCGAACAUUGCUCGGAACUCCAUCGUGAACGCCACGGAGCUGGUGUGUUACGACAUGGUGAAGGAGGAGAUCUUGAGGAUGAACCUGAUGACAGACAACCUGCCCUGUCACUUCACGUCUGCCUUCAUCACGGGAUUCGUCACCACCUGUGUCGCCUCACCUGUAGACGUCGUCAAAACAAGAUUUAUGAAUUCCAGACCAGGACAGUACACCGGAGCACUGGACUGUGCACUGAAGAUGUUCUAUGAGGGAGGACCGCUGGCAUUCUACAAAGGGUUUACUCCUUCAUUUAUGCGUCUGGGAACGUGGAAUAUCCUGAUGUUUGUGUUCUACGAGCAGUUGAAGCGGGGAUUCACACAUCUCAACAACCAGAACCGCAUACGAGAGAUAAAAGCACCCAUGUGAACAUGGCUGGAUACAAAAACCAGUCUGUAACUUUAACGGCCAGUAGCCGGACAGUCUUAGGAACUGUAUCUCAAAGAAAGACGAACUAAGGAACUGUGGAUUUUGAAAAGAAGAAUUCUUUAUGGGAGUCACUUCUGAGGAGGUCUUGAAUGAUAGUGUCUACAAGGCAAAAGUGCCUAGGAAGGAGAGGGAAUGUAUUAGUGAUGUCUUGAGUACUGUGCUCUGUCCUAGAGGACUAUUUUUAUGAAUGGGAUGUUGACAUAGGUCAUCAGAAUGAAGGAAAGACAGGGUUGGGUUUAUAUUAUGAAUGGAAAGAAAUAUUACACUGUAAAAUGUUUGAAUUUUGCAGUGCCAGCUUCAGCAAUUUUGCAGACAAAUUUGAAAAGGGUUGUAUUUUCACCAGAACAGACUGAUUCGUACUACCAUCUGUAUUUUCGCAAUACCGAACAAAAC